GGUGCAUUCACAAAGCAAAUAAUCAACAUCAACACGCGUGAGGCGCAGAAUCUUGUGAAAUUCAUUGAUAUAUAAUCGAAAUUCGGACGGAAAAGGUGGAAAAACACCUUCAGUGAUUAGUGGCAGUCCCGUUUCUGACGAUCAGCGGCGGUCGGCGUCCGGCUGACCUCUCUCCUCUACUCGACAACAAAUCAAAAGCGCGAAUAAACGUCACACACACAGUGCUCUGCUCGGCCUGGUGGAGUACCAAGAAAAGAAAUCCAUCCUGCGCAACCACCAGCGAGCGCCCGCCGUUCUUUUCCGGGCUUUUUUACUCGAAACCAAGAUGCCGAUCAGCCUGGAGGAGUCGUUCGCCCAGCUGACGGACGGAAUCAUCGAGAGGGCCGCCGACCUGAACGAGAGCCAGAAUUUGUUGCAGCGCUUCCUGGAAAAGCACCCUGACGUGCUGAGUACGCGAUUCCAAACGACCUACCUGCAGGAGAACCUGGCCGAGCUGAUCCACGAAUUGAUACGCACCUGCUGCAUCUCCGAGGACAACAUAGAGCUGCUCGCGGACAUCGUCAAGAACAACCAAGAACUGAAUUUGGCCUACAGGCAGCACUUGAAGCGCAUCGUCGACAAACCCGGAGGACUGGCCUUCGCAAAUAAGAACACAGAAGCAGUGAUCGCUCACAUAGCGAAAAACAUUGGACGGACCUGGUCGUUCUUCGGGCGUCAGGUCGGUUUGCCCGAUGCCGAGAUGGACGAGAUCCAAGAUGAAUUUUCGGAUGCCACCGAACGCAUUGAAAAGAUUUUCGCCUGGGCCGCUGUCAACAUUCCCCAAAUGGAGCUGGAGAAGCUGAUAAUUCGUUCUCUCGGCGCCUCCGGAAGAAAAGACUUGUGCGAAGAAGUGACAAGAAUUUAUGAUCGUUGACCUGGUUGUGAAUUUUAACAUUUAAUUUUGCCACGUUCGAGAAAAGCUUUGCAGAAAUUUGUGUUGAAAGUCCUACACUAAAAUUUAAUUUCAAUUUGAGAAAAUUUGCUCAAUAAUUUCAUUUUAAUCAAGCGCCUUAUUUUUCCUUCAAAUCGAGCGAAAAAAAUAAUUUUAAUAUUCGCGAAAUUCGGCAAAAUCUGUAAUUUUCACAUGUUCAAUAAUGCAAAAUGUUCCUAAUUGUUGGCUCUAUUUUAAGACGUGCCAAUAUCUGUUGUUAAAAUUUACAACCAAUUGAUAUUAUUUACUAGGGGUGUCGGGGAGCAAUAAAACGUGAUUUAACUGGA